ACAAUUAUACAAAAUUCAAAAAUCACAGAUUUAUACAAACUUUAAAUAGAUAUAUACAAAAAUAAUGAACGAACAUGGUGAUAAAACUGAAAAUCAAACGAAAUCAUCCCUUAUGAAGGGAACAAUCCAUGAAGAUUCAAAUAGCAAAAUUGGUAGCCAAUGGACUUUACAAAGAAGCCAUUAACUUGUAUUCCCAACUCCAUUACUCUUCUUUAUCUCCCACCAAAUUCACCUUCCCUUGUCUCUUCAAAGCUUGUGCAAAGCUAAAAUUUAUACCACAAGGUCAAAUUCUUCAUAGCCAUUUGAUUAAACACGGGUUUAACACUGAUGUAUAUGCAGCUACAUCGCUUACUGACAUGUACAUGAAAUUUGGCUCAGUGGAUAGUGCCCUGAAGGUGUUCGAUGAUAUUCCUCAACCAAAUAUUGCUUCGUUAAAUGCAAUCAUUUCUGGGGUUUCACAAAAUGGGUAUCAUGUUGAUGCUUUUAAGAUGUUUGGGUUGUUUAGUGGUUUAUUGAUUAGGCCGGAUUCAGUUACUAUAGCUAGUGUUUUGUCAGGGUGUGUGAGUAUUGAUCAUGGUGUUCAAAUGCAUUGUUGGGGUAUAAAGAUUGGUGUGGAAAUGGAUGUAUAUGUAGUUACGUCGAUUUUGAGUAUGUAUUUGAAUUGUGUUGAUUGUGUUUCUGCGACGAGGUUGUUUGGAUUGGUUAAGAAUAAGAAUGUGGUGUGCUGGAAUGCGUUUAUUUCAGGGAUGUUGCGAAAUGGGGAGGAGGAAGUGGUUUUGGAUGUGUUUAAGAAGAUGUUACUAGACGAAGAACCGAAUGAAGUGACUUUAGUAUUGGUUCUCUCUGCUACUGCUAAUCUUAAGAAUGUGAAGUUUGGUAGGCAAGUUCAUGGACUUAUUGCGAAAACUGAGUUACAAUCGCGUACAAUGGUGGGAACUGCACUUGUAGAUAUGUAUUCGAAAUGCUGUUGCUGGUUAUGUGCAUAUGAAAUCUUCAAAGAGCUGGGUGGCAACGGGAAUUUGAUAACAUGGAAUUCGAUGAUUGCCGGUAUGAUGUUGAAUGAGCAAACGGAGAAAGCAGUUGAGCUGUUGGUGGAAUUAGAAUCGGAAGGAUUGGAACCAGAUUCAGCAACAUGGAAUUCAAUGAUCACUGGGUUUUCGCUGCUGCGAAAAGAGAAUGAAGCUCUUAAGUUCUUUAGGAAAAUGCUUUCUGCCGGUGUCGUUCCCAGUGUGAAGACUGUUACUAGUCUUCUGAUGGUGUGCUCAUCUCUGUCCUCACUCCGUUUCGGCCAAGAGAUUCACGGAUAUAUUUUUAGAACGGAUAACAUUGUUGAUGAAUUUAUUGUUACCGCAAUCAUUGAUAUGUACAUGAAGUGUGGACAAUUUCCUUUGGCCCGUAAGGUUUUUGAUCAGUUGGAAGUAAAAUAUGAUGAUCCUGCUAUCUGGAAUGUAAUGAUUUCAGGGUAUGGAAGGAACGGGGAAGGUGAAGCUGCUUUUGAGAUGUUCUCUUUGAUGCUAAUGGAGAAAGUACAACCAAAUUCCGCAACUUUGAAUUGCAUGUUGUCUGUGUGCAGCCAUAUCGGAAAAUUGGAGAAAGCGUGGCAAGUUUUUAGCUUGAUGAUCACAGAUUUUGGCUUAAUCCCAACUCUAAAGCAGCUUAAUAUUAUGGUUGAUCUACUUGCUCGAUCUGGUCGUCUGGAUGAAGCUAGAGAACUACUACAGCUCAUUCCCGAGCCUUCUGCAUCUGUUUUUGCUUCUUUACUAGCAGCUUCUGAGCAAUUCUCUAAUGCUAAGAUGGGAGAAGAAAUGACCAGAAAGCUCUCAGAAUUGGAGCCAGAAAACCCUGUUCCUUUCGUGAUUUUGUCCAACCUUUAUGCUAGACAAGGAAGAUGGGACGAUGCUGAAAGAAUCAGAGAAACAAUUGAUGAAAGGGGACUCGAUAAACUACCAGGAUACAGUACUGUAGGAGUGACAUCCUGUAUAUGUUAAAACUGGUAGAACAGACUACUAUUGCAUCUUAUGCCUAGUCUGCAUGAACUGGCUCUCGUUGCACGAGAAAAUCCAAAAUCGAUGUUAAAGAAGUUGGUGGUCCAAAGAUGAAGCAACGAAUGAGAUCUCUGAGUGCAAGCAUACAAUUGACUUCAUUAACCUUGCCACUUAUCGCAGAUCCUGUGAACUAACUUGAAAGCCAUGCAGUACGAAGAGUUAUUUCAAGCUCGCGUGUGACAAUCUUCACGGUCCAUCUGUUCCCUAAGCAGUUGUCUGUGAAGUCCUUUCAGCCAGUGUUGUUAAAAGUCAUCGCGUUGUCACUUAAAGCAAUGAAGCUAUGUGAAGGAAGGGGCACCUCAUAGCCCAUAGGUGAAGCCAUGGGCUUGAAGAAGCAUGUUCUUCAAAUAAUGACGCAAAAUCAUCCAGACAAAAAGGUUAGUUCUUUAAAUCUCAAUUUUGAGGAGUUGGAUUAAUAUUGGCCUUAUUCUAUAUUGCAUGUUGAAUUUAGUUAUCCUAAUUACAAUUUGAUUAUCUUAGUACUAAAUCCAUAUACGUUAAA